AUGUCGAUGAGUGAUCUGUAUCGGCCGCGUCAAUCCUCGUUGGGCGGUGCUGUGGGUAGCAGAGCAUCCGCAGUUCUCGGCCCAUUGGGCUUGUGGAAACCGAAACAACGCGUUCGCUAUCACAAUGAAAUGCCAGGCGAAGUGCAAAACAAAAAUCAAGCGGCCAACAAUAGUGAUUACUUUUACAAAACCGUCGACAUAAAACCAAUAUCCUCGCUCUCUAUACCAACGAUCGUCGCUACACCCUCCUACAAUCAGUCGACACAAUCGAAACGUCUCGCGCGCACACCUUGCGACCAGUGCGGCUACCAUAACGUGCCGAUCAUGGCACACCCCAUCUCACCGUUAGUGCGUUCACAAACAAAUCUGGAGCUUGUCAGCACGGGCAAUGCGCGACAGGCGCUACUACCAGCCAUUGAGUUUACCAGCCAUGGUGGUGGCGCUGAGAAAAACGAUAAACUAGAGAAGCACUCGAAUGGCAUACCACCGACGAACAGCAAUAGUACGAGUAUACAAACUUUGCAAAUAUCACGACGUCCAUCGUUGCUGCUGCAGGAUAUCUUGGCACGGCGACCAUCGGCGCUGUUUCGCGGCAAGAAUGGCAAGGAGGCGAAUGGUCACGCGUCGAAAAGUCCUUUCGGUCGGUCACUUGCGGACACCGCCGCCACCUCUAUGGUCACAAUCAACGCACAUGGAGAUGGAGACGAUCGCCACUUUGCUGCGAAGCAAAUGAAGGUCAAAAAUCGGCGCAAAGGCAAUGACGCUUUGAGUGCUGCACUUUCGGCAUUUUAUUGUAAAAUACUAGUUUUGGUGGGCGUAUGUUUGCCCAUUACCGAAGUGAUAUCAAAACAAAUACCCAAUUAUGUAUACCAGGGCUUCUAUGUUUAUUUGUAUAUGGGAAGCAUACUUUUUGUUGCCUUCCUUUAUGCAACGACCUUGCGGAAUCGUACGCUCUUCAAUGCCUUGAAAACUUUUCAUGAGGAAACUCAAAAUAUACAUUUGAAACACAAGGUCACACAUUUCGGCAGUUUUUAUCUGCGCGUCGGCGCCAUUGCUUUUGCCAUCGGCACUAUGGUGUAUUCGGGUUUGGAAUUCGGUCAGUAUUUUGAAUUGAACGGCAAGGCCGGUUGUGGUGAUGUCUUUAUUGCAAUUACACCGAUUUGUCGCAUGCUGCUCGCCAUCGUGCAAAUACAGUUUAUCUUCCUCAAUACAACCUAUUUGGAUAUGGCACGUCACAAAGUCAUCUGUCGUUUUGGCCUAAUGCACAUGGUUGCCACCAAUCUGUGCGAGUGGUUGUAUGUGUUAGUUGAGGAGACGAAACAUGAAAUCUUUCACAUUGGCCACCACGAAAGCGAUGCAACUGAGGCGCUAUUCCCAACCGAGGCUCACGGGACUACCGAUUGGAGUGAUGAAUCUCUAACACAUACACAGCAUAUUACGGACAGCAUGAAUAAUACGAUCGCCACAACCAUACAGAAUGUACUCACAAAUGUGACGAUAGCAUCAGCGGGGAACACAUCAACGCAAGUGUCGGUCGGUUGUUCACGCACCAACAUUAUGGGCGCAUUGGUGCAGGAAGUGGCGCCAUUCCUCUUCCCCUGUACCAUCGAGUAUUCACUCAUCUGUGCCGUUAUACUUUAUGAGAUGUGGAAGACAGUGCGCUCCAUUCCGGAUAUCGAUCGAUCUAGAAAGAGUUCGAUAAAACCGGCACAUCAGAAACCGGCAAAUCAUUUCUCCGUAGAUUGUUCACAGUCGCAUAAGGGGCUCUUCUUCGGUAUAAUUAUGAUUGUAAUGACGAUUAUAUCGAUGAUCAUGUACUUUGUGCUGUACACACAACCCGGCUAUGAAUUGGUUGCAACGCAAGAGGUCACCAUUUGGGAAAUAAUUACGUACUUUAUUUGCACAGCGGCCAUAAUUGCUGGUCUCAUAUUGAUACGCGAUCUGAAAUAUGUGCAAAACUCCAGCGAUGAUCAUCACUCAAUGGAACUGGACAAUCAAUUGCUGAUUGUGGCGCAGACUGGUGUUUAUCUCUAUGGCAUGUUUAGCAUUUUGGGCAGCUACUUCUCCAAAUGGGAUGCGGUGCCGGAUCGUAUAGAGGGCAUUGUUGCUGAGAUCCUUGGUUUGGCAGAGACCUCACUACAGACCAUGUUCAUACUCCAUGCAAGCCAUCGUCGCUGUAAAGGCGCCAAACAGGCACGCCGCAAGCCGGGUCGCGAAAUUGUUACAUUUUUGCUUAUAGUAAAUAUUGCAAUUUGGUUUAUCAACACUCUGAUCAAAGGACGUGCAGUUUUUCGCGAAACAAAUCUGGUAUUCUUUGGUGUUUGGGGUUGGACUAUCAUCACACACAUAUCUAUGCCACUGGCUAUAUUUUACCGUUUUCACUCGACAAUAUGCCUUUUCGAAGUGUGGAAAAUCACUUACAAAGCUAAGACACAUUGAAGGAAAUAACUUUUUCUUUUAGCUGAUUCGCAAUACAUUCGACAAAAUUGAACCUAAUAGGUUCAAGAAGCACAUUUAAUUGUAAUUUUUUAAUUAGUUAUAUCUAUUUAUGUUCAUAAUUAUUUUUAUGAUUAGUCAAAGCAUGCAGAAUUAUAGUAAAUUAAGCAUUUUUCCUUUGAGCCAGUAUUUUUCUAUAGAACAAUGUAUUAUUAUAGAUAUGUAUGUACCCAUGUAUUUGACAUAAUUGUAGAUAUCAUAAGUCAUAAGAAAGUAUACAGAGUGUUUUUUUA